AUGGCGGAUGAUGAAAAAAAGCGUCUCGAGGAGGCGAAGAAGGCCAAACAGGCCGAGAUCGACCGCAAGCGUGCUGAGGUGCGCAAGCGCAUGGAGGAAGCCUCCAAGGCAAAGAAGGCUAAGAAGGGUUUCAUGACACCUGAAAGAAAGAAGAAGCUCAGGUUGUUGCUGCGUAAAAAAGCUGCUGAAGAAUUAAAGAAGGAACAGGAACGCAAAGCGGCCGAAAGAAGGCGUAUUAUCGAGGAGAGGUGCGGUAAACCCAAAAACAUUGAUGACGCAAACGAAGAUACUCUUUCGAGGAUUUGCAAAGAAUACCACACCCGCAUCGCCCAACUCGAAGACCAAAAAUUCGAUCUGGAAUACAUCGUUAAACGGAAAGAUAUGGAGAUCGCUGACCUCAACUCUCAAGUCAACGACCUUAGAGGCAAAUUCGUUAAACCUACACUAAAGAAGGUGUCUAAAUACGAGAACAAAUUCGCCAAGCUCCAAAAGAAGGCAGCCGAAUUCAACUUCCGUAACCAGUUGAAGGUUGUCAAAAAGAAGGAGUUCACCCUGGAAGAAGAAGACAAAGAGGCAAAGAAAGCAGAGAAGGCUGAUUGGGCAAUCGGCAAGAAGUAA